AGAACGACCCUUCAACAUGGCUGCCAUAGUUGUUCUGCCUUCGAUGUGCCCUUUGGAGGCUGAUUGAGCCAAGCAUACACUGCAGAACGUGCAGGCGGCGCCCUGCGACUCACAGACUUAUUUUCGUCGUGCUAGUGUGAACACUGCAGGAUUGAUCGCAGACUGGGUGUAUCAACUACACCGGCGCACAGUUACUCUGAAUUAUUCGCAAGCUCGUCGUCAGGUGUGCGCACUGUGCCGACAAGACACCUAGAUAUCAAACUGUUUUGAAAAGUGUCGUAGCGUCUGGGACUAGUCUCGUCUUGUCGCAGGAGUUCGCACAUAACAAGACCGUUCGUCGUGAGAUCAGAGACUCCUCAUAGCAGACCAGACGUACUUUAGUCACGUAGAAGUGUUUCAGAGGACAGAAGGGAAAUAUUUUUAAGAAGAAAAAUAAUGGCAUCUAAAGGAAAGCGCGUGUGGACGGUGCAUAUGGAGGAGAGGCUCAUUGCUCUUUGGAGCCACUAUGCCUAUUUGUAUGACAUAUCCGAUAUGUUAUAUCAUGACAGACCACUGAAAGAGAAGAAAUGGUUGGAGAUCGCAGCAGAACUAAAUAUACCAGUCGAAGAUGUUAAACAGAGGGCAGGGUCAUUAAGGACACAGUACUCCAGGCUUCUGAAGCCACGGCCAAGUGGCAGCGGUGGCAAACCUCUAACAUCCAAACAACGCUGGCUCCUGGACAAUUUGGAGUUCUUAAGGAGACAUUACACCCCGAUGCUCAGUAAAAGUAGUUUGAACCUUACUCCAGAACAGCCAGAUGUUGGGCAGAGGCCAACUGAUGUCGAUGUAUGCCAGGAGUUCGCUUAUGAAGUUGGAAGUUUUUCAGAUACGUCUGAAAACAUUCCGGACUCUAAGAGUGUACCACGGCAGACAACUCCACAUCGUAAACCACAUCGGGGCAAAAAGAGAUCAGCUUCGAACUUGGACACUGAAGUGGAGGCGAUCGCUGUGUUUAGAGAGAUGUCAGCCACCGUAAUGGCUGGCUUUAACCAAGGAAAUGAUUUGGAGGCCACUUUUGCUCAGCAGAUUGCAUCCGACCUACGUGAAAUCCAAAGUCCUGUGUUACGCAAGAUGGCCAAAAGACAAAUACAAAUGUUGGUCUAUGAAUAUCAAGACAAAGACCAGCUUGAAAGGAGGGAGACUCAAUGAUCACAGAGUGAACACACUGUCAGCAAACUGUUUGUUUGUUUAUUUUAACUUUUGUUCAUGUUUCACUUGUCAAAAGAGGUUCAAAAGACAAAUGCAGAUGUUGGUCUAUGAAUAUCAAGACAAAGACCAGCCGGUAAGGAUAGAGACGAUGUGAACAGACUGUCAGCAAAAAAAAUGUGUUUUUGUUUUUAGGUGUAUAAUUUGUUUGAACUUCUGUUCAUGAUGUUGUACUUUUUUCCUCUUUUUUGCUUUCUUGCACUGUUGCUGCUUGACAACAGCAUUAGGUAGCAUUAUGUGUACCUUUUGUUUUACUGUUCAAAUGUGGACUAACAACUUUCAUUUUUAAUUAACUAUUUUUUCUUUAUUUAUUACUUGGUGUUAUAUAGAGCUACAUAUGCCUUUAUUUAUGAAUAUUGCCAUUGUGUACUUCUAUGUUGUGAGAUUAUAUAUGUACAUACAUUUUACAAUUUGUAGUUUUUACUUUGCUGUAUUUUAUUUUAUAUACUUUUAAGCAGCGUUCACUUUCUACCAAAUGACCUUUGCGCAACGUGACCAUAAAUGUUUGAAACCUUUUAUAUUAAGGGCUUGGUCUUAUUGUUUUAUAUUACAUGUACAUAAACUUUAUAAAUGUAUACAGGUUAUGAUUACAUAAAUAUAUUGUAGACAACAUUGAUAUUACAUUCUAUAUACCUGUAAAUAUGCAUUGCUUACAUGUUUGUACAUUUGAAUUUGUUUUAAUUUAGAUACUUUCUACCAACUGACACAAAAACAUUUCUGUUGCCCAGCUCUUUACACAAUGUGACAAUAAAUGUGAGAAAGAUGCUA